AUGGACAUCGACACGGCAAGCCAGAGCCUAUCUCCUACUGCCGCAUCCCAUCACCCAAAUCUAAGGCUACCCGCCACUUGUGACCCACCGUCUGAGCACAAUCCGCCGAAGCAGGCCUCAUGGAUUGUCUUCGGAGCAACUGGGCACAUGGGGCGCUCUCUUGUCCGAGCUGUAUUGUCACACGGCGACCAGUGCACUGCAGUGGGGUGGACACAGGAGAACACAGUUGAGCAGAUGAAGAAAUGGCAGGACCGAAAUUACCUAGGCCUGCUGUGCGACGUGAGAGUAAGGGAGACAGUAGAUGAUGUCAUGCAAAGGAGCAUUGAACGAUGGGGCAAUGUCGAUGUCAUUGCGAACUGCACGGGCUAUGGUGUCAUUGGUGCUUGUGAAGACCAAGACGAUUAUGACCUUCGUAACCAAUUCAGCACGAAUUUCCUCGGCACCCUCCACAUCAUCCAGCUUUCCCUUCCACACUUUCGUUCCCAAAACCAUGGCCGCUACCUCAUAUUCUCCUCUACAGCAGGCGCCCUCGGCGUGCCUGGUCUAGGACCCUAUUGCGCGACGAAAUACGCCGUCGAAGGCUUGAUAGAAUCCAUGUUAUAUGAAAUCGACGUCUUCAACAUCAAAGCUACGCUCGUUGAGCCCGGACAUGUCCGCCUAGAUGAACCGGAGGACUACCCUGUUCCAACAGGUACAUUCGCAACACCCGCAGCUACCACAAGCACAAGUGCUACUGGGCCUCCCAAGCCCAAACGAUAUGGCCAUUUUUGGGUCAAACCAACUCCGAGCCCACCCUAUUCGACUUUAACGAGCCCUGCAGGACAUGCAAAACGCAUGGUUCAAUGGCUAAAUGACAGACAACCUGUUAGCGCUGUAAAGAGUGCAGAAUUAGUGUGGCAAUUGGGACAUUGCAGUUAUCCACCACUGAGACUGCUAUUGGGGAGCUAUGCGGUCGAGAGUAUUAGAGAUCGGUUGCGGAGCAUCAUCGAAGAAAUUGAGGAUUGGAAGCACCUAUCUUUUCCAGUGCCAGCCGACGAAGCUGCUCCAGCCGAUGAUGCAAAGAAGAGUAAAAGUGGAGAUCCCAACGAUCAAGAACAAGAAGAUCCACAGGACAAUGAAUGAACAUGCGGGUUCAAAUGCUACUCCUAAAGAAAUAGGUCCCGCAGAAAUGGACCGGGGCCCUUCAGCCAUGUGCGAACACCUGUUACUCUGACCAUCUUAUAAGAGUUGAUUAGGUGCCUUACCUGAGCUCCGCCCGUCGAUAUAUGCCUCCCCACUUGCGAUCGCUUUCCCCUCCCUCCACCUGCAGACGAGACUUCCGCUAGCGGAACUGGGUGGAAAUGAUCUCCGAUCACGGUCCACCGCUAGAAGGACGGCUGAAACAAGUUGCGCAUUUCAUCGUUUGGUGAUGAAGACGGUUCUUGGAUUAAAAUACUUCAAAAAGAAGCACGGAGCACACCUGGCGAAGGGCGCCUCGAUCAGCAAGGCCAGAGGACUCUGUACUUCCCACGGAGUGAGAAACUCGG